ACGAUCAGCAUUUUGAACUGCUGAACAGGAAGAAGUACUGUGGCGUUUAUGUUCAUCAAGUACUAGACGGGUUUGUUCGUAACUGUAGUUACAGAUAUCCAACUCUCCCUAGAGAAUAGUACGACACGAAUUUGAACCACUGAUACCCCAAGAACAAAGCUAACCAAGCACGAGAAAACGUGGUCAUUCAAAAGAGAAUAGUACGACACGAAUUUGAACCACUGAUACCCCAAGAACAAAGCUAACCAAGCACGAGAAAACGUGGUCAUUCAAAAGGUAAGAAAUAUCUUUUUAAGCUACGUAUCGAUAUCACUUUGACCGGUUGCAAUGACUGAAGCCAGCAUUUGAGAACAGCGUCAAUAAAAAUACUGAGAAUCCAAUAUGGGCGGCCGUCACCACCAAAUAUACAAGGAUUUCAAAUAAAUCAGCAAAUAAAAAGAUGGUUUAAGGAUCAGCAGCGGGAUUGCAUAGCUGAUAAAGGAAUGGCAUGGCCAACUUAUAGACAGUUUAGUUUUUCUUCAUGAAACAGAACACCCUAAACAUGAAUAGUUUAGCCAAAUGAUAAACGGUCUAGUCGCCAAAAUCACAGCUUAUGAUAAAAUAAUAUUCAGUUGAAUAAUAUGUAAUUUCUUAUAUUUUGUCAUUUUUAAACUCAAAUUAAACAUAUCUUUGAUACGCAUUUUCGCAAAAUAUCGAUAUUUUAAACUUUGUAAAUUACCUUGUCUUUCUUCACUAAAGGAGCGUAGUAGGAAAUAAAUGAGUUAUUUUCAAAAUAUGACAAUUCCAACUCGGCUCCGAGUCGAGGGGAUUAAAAGAAAGUAAUUAAUCAUUCAUCCCUUGACCUCAGUGUUAAUAUAUAGAAAAUGGCCUAUUUCACCCUUCGCCGCCGGCUCAUUUGUUUUAUUUGUUUGAUUUCCCUGAAAUUUUGCAGUUUGUUUUCUAAUUCGGCAAUUCUCAGCAGUUUCAUUUGAUUCAACCAGUUAGAAUUAUGACAACAGUAUGAAAGGGAAUGAGCAAAUUUUACUAACUGUUUAAUGUUGCCAGACGAAGAAAGUUUUUUAGCAUCUUUAUUUACACCAGCCAUCAGGAAAAUGUUAUCCAAAACAAAGGACGCGUACGUCUUGUACUGGACGCAAACAAAGUCUUAAAGAAAGUCAAAGCAAUUCAGGCUCUUAACUCGGACUCUAGUAAACUAGAGUAGGAGAAUUUUAAAAGACAUUAAUUAUCUCUUUUAAAACGAAUGUUGCAAAAUAUACUUGACGGAAAAUUUUCCAUACUAGAAAAAAGUUCCAUUUUCAACUGUUGCUGUAUGAAUUUGAUCAGAAUGUACAGUUUUGUUGCUUGAUAUAACACCCUCCUUUUUAUUCUCUUUAUACUCCUAUUGCCAAUAACUUUUAGGAAAAUGACAUGUAGCGACAUGUUCGUGAUAAGCCGGUGAAAACUGCUUAUUUGGUCUAUUUAGGCUACUAUUUCUAUCACCUCCAUUGCUCACUUACACUCAUUUGAAGUUUAAUCAGACAGUCGAUCACAAGCGGUUCAGUUGAAAAUAUGUGGUGGAAAUCCUCAUGUUACAUCCUUCUGGCCUUCUUGCUGGCCAGCGUAUUUGCCCAAGAGUGCAGAGAAGAAAGGAGCAUCAAAGAAAAGGCGCUGCGUGGAUUCAUCUUCAAAAAACUUUUGGUUACAUCCUUUGAUCAAUGUAAUAUCAACUGUGAAAAGGAAGUUACGUGUCAGAGCUUUAAUUUCGUUACUGGAGAACACUCUUGCGUCUUAAAAAAUUGCGAACUGAACAACCGGACCAAGGAGGCAAGACCUGAGAAUUUCUGUUCAGAUCCUGAUAGGCUUUACAUUCGGCGCCUAAACGGCCGGGCUUCCUUGGGAUCCACCACAGAGCUGCCUGCAGAGUCAUGUCGGGAAAUAAAGGCGAGUGAAGGCAAAGACGCCAUCAGCGGCAAGUAUUGGUUAGAUCCAACUAGAAGUGGAAAGGCUGUUUUGGUUCACUGCAACAUGGAAGCCACAAAUUGUGCUGACAUCUACGAAGAUGGGAAAAGAAGAGACGGUGUGUACACCAUUAUACCUGAUGAUUUGCUAGCCUUUCGUGUAUUUUGUGAUCAAACAACAGCUGGUGGAGGGUGGACAGUGUUCCAGAAGAGAGUGAACGGCUCGGUGGAUUUCUAUCGCAACUGGACCGACUAUAAACACGGUUUUGGUGACUUAAAUAGCGAAUUCUGGCUCGGACUGGACAAGGUUUACCGCUUGACCUCUGAUAAAAACAACACGCUGCGUGUAGACUUGGAGGACUUUGAAGGGAAUACUCGAUAUGCUGAGUACGAAAUGUUUGGUGUCAUGGAUGAGAAUGACAAGUACAAGCUGAUUCUUGGUUCUUACUCAGGUGAAACAGUAAUUUUCCCUUCAUCUUUUCCUUCCCCCCUCCCCUUGUGUUGA